AUGCCUUCAACAAGUCUUUGCCAAGAUGAGGUAUGCCCUCCAUACAGCCUCAUGGAUGAUUAUAGCGAAGGAGCCCACCCACAAAUUCUUGAGGCUCUUUUGCGAACAAACUCCACCCAACAAGUCACCUACGGAAAUGAUGAAUACAGCAUUGGUGCUCGUCAAUUGAUCCGGAAUAAAAUCGGUUGUGCCGAGGAUGAGGCCGAUAUCUUCUUUGUACCCAGUGGAACAUCCGCAAACCUUAUCUCAAUCGCCAGCUGUCUACGGCCUUAUGAGGCUGUUAUCACUCUUGAUUCGGGGCAUAUUGCCUGCAAAGAAGCAGGUGCAAUUGAAGCAACUGGGCACAAGCUUAUCCUUGUGCCUGCUGUUGACGGCAAGAUGACGCCCACGAACCUUCAGAAGGCAAUUCAGCAAAAUCAAUUCUUCCCCCAUAUGGCUAAACCCCGCCUUCUCUAUAUCUCUAAUGCCUCAGAGACUGGCACUGUUUAUACGAAACGGGAGCUCACCAGCCUCUCCGCCAUUUGCAAACAAUCAAAUCUCCUCCUUCUCAUGGAUGGAGCGCGAAUCGGCUCAGCACUCUGCUCAAAGAAGAAUGACCUCACACUACGAGAUAUCUUCGAUAUGACCGAUAUUUUCUGGAUCGGUGGCACCAAAGCCGGUGCCCUGAUGGGAGAAGCAAUUGUUGUCAAGAAGGAGAUCGCCGAGGGCUUUGUGUUCCAUCUCAAGCAGCACGGCGCUUUGCUCGCCAAAGGCCGCAUUCUCGGUGUCCAAUUCAUGGAACUCUUCCGGUCAGACUUGUUUUUCACACUGGCCACUCAUGCCAACCAAAUGGCGCAAAACAUUUCAAUCAAUUUCGAAAAGCUGGGUUAUAGAUUGGCUGCGGAGACGGAAACGAACCAGGUGUUUGUUAUCCUUCCGCAGCAAUUGGUCCGGAUACUGCAGGACAGAUUCCGGUUCUAUGUUUGGGAGCAACUUGAUGAUGGAAACUCUGUGGUCCGGCUUGUGACUUCUUGGGCUACGGAUGAGCUGGAAAUCAACAAGUUUAACGCAUGGGUAGAGCAGUGGACUGAGGCAACCAACUAA